CGUAGUGCGCAGUCGUGCAGUCGGGUAUUCCGAAUUCCCAGAAGUUUCGUUAGGAUUGAUUGUAACUGUAAACGAGCAUGGCUGGGCCCCUAAGCACCAUUCCCACCGAAAGUGAUAGUGAUGUAGAGAUUAUAGAGUCGGAGCCGAUGGAUCGUCAUAAUCAUCUGCCAAAUUAUCGUAGCCAACUGGAGCACUUUAAGUUUCCUAACAAGAUGCACCCGCAAAUUCCGGCAGGGAUGCCCUCACCACCUUUUUCCCCAACUGAUCCUAUGGAAAUGCCUUUGCUGAAGGAGCUUUUGGCACGCAAAGAACACGCUAAUGUUCCAGAAGGAUUUGUGCUUUGCAUCCCUUGCUACCUUUGCAGGCAGCCGUUUGACAAUAUCGAAACCUUCAAGGAGCACCUCACUCAACAUGCGGCGGAUAUUCACGCCUGGAAUACAUCGCGUGCACAGGCGCAGGAGCCUGCGCCAAUGAUCAAGCCAUUUGUUCAUCCGAUUAAUCAGGCCUUCGUUCAUUCCACAGAACAGCCCUUAUUCAUUCCAAUCGAACAGGUUAUUGCUUGUAGCCAGAAUCGGCCGUUUAACAUGCCGAUGGGCUUAAUCCACCAACCACCAUUGGAUAUGUAUUCUCCGCCCCUGGAACCACCGAUGUCUUUUCAAAUGCCCCUUGUUCAGCAUCAGCAUCAGAUUCAACCACAGAUGCAGUUUCCCAUUCAACACACGCUUCGUGAGCCACAACCGAAAUUCCCAGGACCCCAGCCCAUUCUAUUUCCUCGGAAACUCACCAUGCCUCUUCCUUAUCCACAAGAAAUUCCUGUUCCACCAUCACUCGGAUGCGUUCAGAAUAAACCACAAUUACCGCCUGAGACGCAGAGUUUCAUGGCGCCAACUGAACCUCCGUCGAUUUCAGUGAAGGAAAUGCCGGUCUUGGUAAGACCCAUAUCCCAUUCACCAGAGAAGGAUCCAAUUGAGAUUCCCGAGAAGCCCCGAUCUCCGGUGAUGAUCAAACCAAAACCUGUUACUCGCGGUCAGUUCGAGUGCGACUGGUGCGGUAAGCGUUUGAGUUCCCGCCAGGCCUUGAGAUAUCAUGAAAGUCAUUUUCAUGCGGAGGAGCAAGUGGUUUUGAAAAGGAAUGGCAAGGAUACACAGAAGCAGCAUAAGUGCCCCACCUGCAAGAAACGCUACAAGCGGCGCACGUUUCUGCUAAUGCACAUGAAAGUCAAACAUGGGAUUGUUUGCCCAAGCAAGUCUGUGCCGGAUCCGGAGUCCCCAAACGACGCAGAUGUUUCGCCUUUGUCCCCAGAGGUUUCGGUGUCUCCAAAGUCGUUGCCAGACAAAGAGUCCAGAAAGGAAAUUUGGAGCACUCGAAUCUACAACGCUGUGGCCGCAGCCAAGUAUCGACCAGCCAGUGAGAAAGCGGACAAAUACAUGAAUACGCCACGUCAGCAAAAAGAGCAGAUGGUAUCGGGUUUUGCGACCACCACCAAGCGAACUUAUCCACUACGUUCGCCAUUCUUCAACCCGGAUCUAUGGCUGGACUGCAAUGAUUACUUAUAAGAAGAUCUGGAUGGUAUAUCUGGAAAGCGAAGUAACUGGAAUAUUAAAUAUUCGCAAAGAAAACCAUUAUCGCCUUAAAGCGGAUGCCAGCCAAGCUGACCGUCAUACUAUAAGCAUUAAGCAUUAUUAUAACUGAAAAUUAUCUCUUCGUUUCAUGGAGCUUCCAUAUUAUGUACCAUGUACAUUGCUGAUUUAUAAUUUCCUGGAUACAAAACGCUGUCCCUAGCAUUAUUACUUUUUUUUUUAAGUCUCAGCAAUUUUGUAUGCCGAUACCCACUUGAAAGUGUCAGCUAAAUUGUUUAUGUUGCCAUAAAGAAUCUUGAUUUGCUGAGCACAGCAAAGAUAUUUAAGAAUUUGGACGGUCGAGUUCCGUCGUUUGCUUUGUAGGUUUAAUUAUGAAUCGCCAACAUUGGAAAAUAAACACUAAAAUUUCAUUUGUAUAUAUGUAUGUAUACAACCAAACUGAAAUGUUUUGGGUAUACAAAGGAUCUCCUUCUUUUAAGUGGUACUU